CUGCUCAUUUAAGGUCUUGGCCUCCUCCUAUCAUCUCUUUCCUUCUGUAAAGUCAUUAAAUACAUCUAUCUGCAGAACAUACUAUGUUCCUUCUAAAACAUCCAUUUCUACCCAAAUAUUUACGUCUUUUAUUCACUUCUUCACACAAUUUUUUUUCCAUAAUCUUCAAACCCUUAUUCCAUUUCUUUUCAUCACUCAUAUACUAACUAACUAUACCCAUUUUGGGUUCUGGGUUUUGAUCAUAAACCCUUCUUACUUCACCCCCUCAAUUUUUAUCCAAAAUCUUGAAAAACCCUAAUAUUUUCUUGAUUUUCAAGCUUUUUUGGACCAAAAUUCUAAAAAUGGUCAUCUGGGUGGUGAAAAUUUAGCAUCUUUUUAGUGUUUUGAAGCAUAAUUUGCAUGAAAAUUCACUGAAAAAGUAGUGGGGUUUCAUCAAGAUUGGAUUUUAUUUUGUGGGUGUGGAAGAAACAUAUAAAAAUGUGGAAUUUGUGGUUGUUUUUGGUUUUAACAGUUGGGUUUCUUUCAUGGACUGUGAAUUCAGAGCUCAUUAAUGGCGAUCAUGAAGAUCUUUUCACUCUGGUCGCCAUUGGUAAAGAGCUUAAGUUACUUGAGUGGGAUGAAAAUGGGCUCAAGAACACCUCAAACUACUGUUUUUGGCCUCACAUUACUUGUAGCCCAACUCAAUCUGUUGAAAAACUUGUUCUUUCUCAUCAAACUCUACAAGGUAACCUCACAUUACUCUCUGAAUUAAAAUCAUUAAAAUGGCUAGAUUUGUCAUACAACACUUUUCAUGGCUCAAUCCCUCACUCUUUUGGUAACUUAUCUCAUCUUGAGUUUCUUGAUCUAUCUUACAACAAGUUUGAUGGGUCAAUUCCAGUUGAAUUGGGUCAACUUAAAAACCUCAAAUCUUUAAACCUUUCAAACAACUUACUCAUAGGAUCAAUACCCAAUGAGCUUCAAGGGCUUGUAAAGUUACAAGAUUUACAACUUUACACUAAUCAUUUGAAUGGAAGUAUACCAAAUUGGGUGGGAAAUUUGACCAAUCUUAGAGUUUUUACAGCUUAUGAGAACGAGUUACGCGGUAAAAUACCCGAAACUUUAGGGGCUUUUUCGGAACUUUUAUUGUUAAACCUUCAUUCAAACUAUCUUCAAGGAUCAAUCCCAAAGAGUGUGUUUGCUAAUGGGAAGUUACAGUUCUUGGUUUUGACUCAGAACAAACUCAAUGGUGAGUUACCUGACUCGGUAGGAAAGUGUAAAGAUCUUUCGAGUAUUCGAAUUGGGGAUAAUGAUUUAAUCGGGAAUAUACCGAAAGAAAUCGGUAAUCUUAGUAGUCUUACUUAUUUUGAAGCCGAUAACAACAAUCUUUCGGGUGAGAUUGUGAAAGAAUUUGCGCAAUGUUCGAAUUUAACGCUGCUAAAUUUGGCGUCGAAUGGGUUUAGCGGGAUCAUACCGCCGGUUUUCGGUGACAUGACGAAUCUGCAAGAACUAAUUGUUUCGGGAAACAAUCUUUCCGGUGAAAUUCCAGCUUCGGUUCUUGGUAACAAGAAUCUUAACAAGAUUGACUUGAGUAACAAUCGAUUCAACGGAAGCAUACCCAAAAACGUCUGUAAUUCUUCACGAUUACAGUACUUGUUAUUGGGUCAAAAUUCGUUGGUCGGAGAAAUCCCGAGUGAAAUCGGGAACUGCGUGAAAUUGCUCGAGUUGCAACUCGGUGGUAAUCAUCUCACCGGAACGAUUCCACCCGAAAUCGGUAGAAUCAAGAACUUGCAGAUUGCUUUGAAUUUAAGUUUUAAUCAUCUUCAUGGACAGUUACCACCCGAUUUAGGAAAACUCGAUAAGUUGGUGUCGUUAGAUCUUUCGAAUAAUCAACUCACGGGUAAUAUUCCUUCGGCGUUAAAGGGUAUGUUAAGUUUAAUCGAUGUAAACUUCGCAAAUAAUCAUCUCACAGGCCCGAUACCGACAUUUGCACCGUUUCAAAAGAGCCCGAAUUCGAGUUUUGAGAAGAACACAGGUCUUUGCGGGUAUCCGUUGAAUUCGUUUUGUGGGAAUUCAGAUGGGCCCGAGUCGUUUCAUCACAAGGUUUCUUACAGAAUCGUGUUGGCGGUUAUCGGGUCGGGCUUAUUAGUAUUCCUGUCGGUUACAAUCGUUGUUGUUCUGUUCAUGAUGAGAGAGAAACAAGAGAAAGUGGCGAAAACCGUUGGAAAAGAAGAUGAAGAAAUCGAAGAUAACAAUAAACCGUUGGUGAUUCUUGGAAACGUGUUCGUUGAGAAUCUGAAACAAGCUAUUGACUUCGAUGCUGUGGUCAAAGCAACGUUAAAAGAUUCGAACAAAAUCAGUAGCGGGACGUUUAGUACAAUCUACAAAGCUGAAAUGCCUUCGGGUUUGACUUUAUCGGUCAAACGGUUAAAAUCGGUUGAUAAAACGAUCCUUCAUCAACAAAGCAAGAUGAUUCGAGAACUCGAGAGACUUAGUAAUCUUUGUCAUGAUAAUUUGAUUAGACCAAUCGGGUUUGCUAUUUAUGAUGACGUGGCGCUUUUACUGCACCAGUUUUUACCAAAUGGGUCUUUGGCCCGGUUUCUUCACGAGUCUAGUAAAGAAGAGGCGUACAAACCCGAUUGGCCCGUUAGGCUUUCGAUAGCUGUCGGUGUUGCUGAAGGGUUGGCGUUUUUGCAUCAUUUGGCUAUCAUUCAUCUUGAUAUUUCUUCUGGGAAUAUUUUUCUCGAUUCGAAUUUUAGGCCGUUGGUUGGUGAAGUUGAAAUUUCGAAGCUUUUAGAUCCGUCACGCGGUACCGCUAGUAUCAGUGCUGUCGCGGGCUCAUUUGGUUACAUUCCUCCAGAGUACGCCUACACGAUGCAAGUAACAGCUCCAGGAAACGUGUACAGUUUCGGCGUCGUUUUACUGGAAAUUCUCACAACACGGGUCCCGGUAGACGAAGAAUUCGGGGAAGGUGUAGAUUUGGUGAAAUGGGUCCAGGGUGCACCCACAAGAGGUGAAACCCCAGAGCAAAUACUAGACGCAAAGCUAAGUACAGUGUCGUUUUCAUGGAGAAAAGAAAUGCUUUCGGCGUUAAAAGUGGCUCUACUCUGCACAGACACUACACCCGCAAAGAGACCGAAGAUGAAGAAAGUGGUUGAAAUGCUUCAAGAAAUUAUUACGGAAAGUAAGUGAAAAGUAUGAAGGUUUUGAAAUGUUUAGAUGAUAGAAGUUGUGGGGAGUUUCGGGUUUUGUAUAUGUUGUAUCAACUUUGAAGAAUUGGAUAUAUACAAAGCCCAUUUGUUUUUUUAGUAA